AUGUUGACCAUCAUUCUUUGGUGCAACCUAGAGCCACAAUUCAACGAACCAUACUUAGCCACCUCUCUUCAAGACUUUUGGGGUCGCCGUUGGAACCUCAUCGUCUCGGCUACGCUUCGUGAAGUCGUCUUCACGCCUGUGCGGCGUUUCUGCCAAUGCCUAAUGAUCAGCUCUAAUUAUGCUACGUUGAUUGGUGUAUUUUCCACGUUCAUAUUCUCCGGUGUGGCUCACGAAGUGGUCUUCCUCUAUCAGACCCGUGAGAUGCCUACAGGGGAAGUCACUUUGUUCUUUGUACUACAUGGAGUUUGUACGGUGGCUGAAGUGACACUGAAGAGGACGGCGUUUGUGCAGAGGUGGUCCGUUAGACCGGUGGUGGCUUGGCUUCUGACAAUGGGGUUUGUAUAUGGGACCUCGAUUUGGCUGUUUUUCCCUCAGCUGAUACGGAGCAACGCGACUGACAGAUGCUCCGAUGAAAUCUUCUUGCUCGUUGAUUUCUUCACACGCAAGUUGUUUAACUUCUUUCCAUGA